AUGUCUUCCUCCCUCCCUUCCACCUACAAGGCCGUCGUCAUCGAAAAAGCCAACGGGCCCUUCUCGAUCGUCCAGCGGCCCCUGCGCGCGCCCGCCGCCGCCGAGGUGCUCGUCAAGGUGCUGGCAUGCGGGGUGUGCUUUAGUGAUGUCGCCAUUGCCAGCGGCGAGAUGGGCAGCCACGUCUUCCCGCGCGUCCCCGGCCACGAGAUCGUCGGCGACAUCGUCUCCGUCGGCGACUCCGUCACCAACUUCCAGGUGGGCGACCGCGUCGGCGGGCCCUGGCACGGCGGCCACGACGGCACCUGCCGCGCCUGCCAGCGCGCCCAGUUCCAGAUGUGCGACAACGAGCUCGUCAACGGCUACAGCAAGGACGGCGGCUUCGCCGAGUACGUGCUGCUGCGCGCCGAGGCCGUCGCGCGCGUGCCCCGCGACAUGGAGCCCGCGCAGGUGGCGCCGCUGCUCUGCGCCGGCGUGACGGUGUUCAACGGCAUCCGCAAGCUGCGCGUCGAGCAGGGCGCGCUGGUCGCCGUGCAGGGGCUCGGCGGCCUGGGCCACCUGGCCGUGCAGUACGCGGCCAAGAUGGGCUACGAGGUCGCCGUGCUCUCCUCGGGCGACGACAAGGCCAACUUUGCGAAGCGGCUCGGCGCCCACCACUACAUCAACACCAAGGCGAAGGAUGCCGCGGAGGAAUUGAGGAAGCUCGGCGGCGCCGCGAUUGUGGUGCAGACGGCGCCGAAUCCCAAGGUGGUGGGGCCGCUGGUGAAGGCGCUGGCGCCGGAGGGCAAGCUGCUGAGCUUGGCGCCGGUCGGGCCGGUCGAGUUUGACACGGUGUCGCUGGUGCUCAAGGGCGCGAGCGUGCAGGGGUGGCCGAGCGGGCACGCGCUGGACAGCGAGGAGGCGAUCCGCUUCGCGAGCACGCACGGGGUGAAGUGCAUGGUUGAGAAGUAUCCCUUCGCGGAUGUGCAGAAGGCGGUGGACAGCUUGAUUGCCGGGAAGCCCCGGUUUCGCAACGUCCUGGUCAUGGACUAG